AUAAACCCGGAGUGAGUUGGUGUGUUUUACGAGUAAUUCGUGGGCUUCUCAAAGCUUUUUUCUCUUUCUUCCCUUUAAUAAAUACCCACUGCACCUGUUUCUCAUCUCUUCAUCCCCAUCCAAGCCUCCAUCCUUUUCCCUAUCUUCCUGUCUUUUUUCCUCCUUUUCUGAUCUUUCAAAUACUCACUUGCAAUUCCAGACCAACUAAUAAAUUAAAUACUACUGCAACCCAUAGAUAACAAAAACAGAUCCCUUCAAAAACCCAAAUGAGAAAGCGAGAGGCGAAAACCAUGGUCUUCCCAAUGGUGAUCCUCAGGCUAGCAGAGUGGCUUCUGUACAAGCUCCUCCUGAUCCACAAGUGGCACAACGCCGCCGCUGCAUCCUAUUCCAACAAAACCCACUCCUCUUCUUCCUCCUUCAAGUCCUCCUCCAACCACUCCUCCACACACCCAAGCCUCACAAAAUUCAAUAGCAGCGAGUCCCAAGAAAAGUCGUUCGUGUGCGACGUGGAGGGCACUCUCUUGAGAACCAAGUCUCUGUUCCCGUUCUUCAUGCUCGUGGCGUUCGAAGGCGGGAGCGUGCUGCGUGCCCUCCUUCUCCUCCUCUCCUCCCCAUUCCUCUGGUUCUUGAACCACGAGGCGAAGCUCAGGGCCAUGAUCUUCGUGACGUUCUGCGGGUUGAAGGUGAAGGACGCGGAGAUGGUGGGGAGGGCAGUUUUGCCCAAGUUUUAUCUUGAGAACAUGAAUGGGCAUGUGUAUGAGGUGUUGGCUUCUUGUGGGAGGAAAGUGGUGUUCACAAGUGCACCUCGGGUGAUGGUUGAGUACUUUGUUAGGGAGUAUUUGAGUGUUGAUGAUGUGAAGGGGACAGAGCUGCAAGUGAUUGGUGGGUGGUUUAGUGGCUUGCUGGUUUCUGGUUCUGGCCUUCUUGUCAAGCAUAGGGCUCUCAAGCAUGUGUUUGGUGAUGAGAAGCCUCAUAUUGGGGUUGGCACCUCAAGGUUUCAUGACCAUCUUUUCCUUUCCCUUUGUCAGGAAGCCUACAUGGUUAAUAGCAGAGAAGAUGGCAACAAGAUGAACUCUCCAUCAAGCUCAGUCAUGCCAAGAGAAAAGUACCCAAAGCCCCUCGUGUUCCACGACGGAAGGCUAGCAUUCCUGCCCACACCCCUAGCAACCUUAGCCAUGUUCAUCUGGCUUCCCUUUGGCAUACCCUUGUCCAUCUUCCGAAUGUGCAUCGGACACUUCUUACCCUACGGCGCCGCCAUGCUCUUCGCCAGCCUAACCGGUGUCCAGAUCAGGCUCAUAGGUUCAGACCCACCGAGGUCACAGAAUGGGAAAGGUGUCCUCUACGUCUGCACCCACAGGACCCUCCUAGACCCGGUCUUCCUCAGCACUGUCCUAAAGAAGCCCUUGACUGCCGUCACCUACAGCCUCAGCAGAGUGUCCGAGCUCAUUGCCCCAAUCAGGACAGUGAGGCUGACGAGGGACAAAGCCAAAGACGCCCGGACAAUGCAGAGGCUGCUCAGCCGUGGUGACCUGGUGGUCUGUCCCGAGGGAACCACGUGUCGGGAGCCGUACCUGUUAAGGUUCAGUGCGCUGUUCGCUGAGCUGGCAGACGAGAUCGUGCCCGUCGCGGUGAACACGAGUGUGGACAUGUUCUAUGGGACCACAGCGGGAGGGCUCAAGUGCUUGGACCCCUUCUUCUUCUUGAUGAACCCCAGGCCGUGUUACACGGUCCAUGUGCUGGAGAAGGUGCCGAAAGAGCUGACCUGUGCGGCGGGCAAAUCUAGCAUUGAAGUGGCCAAUCACAUACAGAAGCAAUUGGCUGAAGCAUUGGGAUUCGAGCCCACCGCUCUUACCAGAAGAGACAAGUAUUUGAUUCUGGCGGGGAAUGAAGGGAUUGUCCAAAAUCAUUAGGUGAUCAGUAGUAGUGGGUGUUCCAUCUUUUCUAAAUAUUUUCAUGCCCCCUUCCUUCCGCUCCAUCGAAUGAAUUUGAUCUUUAGUGUAAGCUAGGUUCUUACUUCUUACCUCUGUGUACGAGUUGCUCAUAUAAUUUUAUACUCCAUCCGGGUAUCAAAUAUUAUGAUGCAAUUAUAUAAUUAUAUUACUCCGCACAAAACUAAAAAUAUUAGAGCGUUUAAAUUAUAUCCAAAAACUUAAAAAAAAAAAAGAUAAUGUGUUUUU